AGUUCGAGGCUGCAGUUUCCCUACAUGUCAGCAAACAUGGCGGACGAAACUCAAAAAACCGACUCACGAGACGUCGAAGAAGAUCCAUUACAAAACCCUCUAUCCUCCGGAACGGACGACGAGGAAGACAUUAUUGCUGUUAUCCGAGCACCCGCCAAAGUCUCCAGUACUGAAGGCCGACCCUCUGCUAUCAUGGGAUCCAUGAAGCUGGAAGAAGAACCAGAUGUCAAAGAUCUCUUCAUCACCGUUGACGAUUUCCAAAAACAUGUCUUUACGAUAGAUACGUACAUCACAUAUAGAGUAUUCACUAGGACCACAAGAAGUGCAUUUGACGAACCGGAGUACAGCGUGAGACGGCGCUACCAAGAUUUCCUCUGGUUAAGACAGAAACUCUUAGAAACGGAAGAAACUCAUAUUAUACCGCCCUUGCCGGAGAAGCACAGCAUGAGGAUGGAUCGCCUGAGCAAAGACUUCACCAUCACGCGGCAGGCGGCGCUGCACAAGUUCAUGCAGCGGAUCUCGGAGCACCCCGUGGUCUCCUUCAACGAGUACCUCAAGGUCUUCCUAACUGCCAAGGCAUGGGAGUUGACGUCCCACCGUAAGGCCAGCUCGGGUAUCGUCAGCCGCAUCGGCUCCACCAUCAAGACCACCACCUCGGCCCUGAUGCUGAAAAACCGAAGCCCCGAGUUCACCAUGAUGACUGAGUACAUCAACACCUUCGCAGAGAAGAUGUCAUCGGUGGAUAGGAUCUCACAGAGGAUACUCAAGGAACAGAUGGAUCUGGGGGCUGAAUAUGAGUCCUACGGCCCGACGUACAGACUAUGGGGCAACUCGGAAGUCGAGCUGGCGGACACGCUCGGUAGCCUGGGAGACUGUCUAGACAAAUGUGCCAAAUCUGUCAAGGACAUGACGUUAUCCAUAGAAACCAAUUUCCUCCCUGCUGCCAAAGAGUACAUGCUGUAUUCAGAUGCAGUCAAGGGUACGCUCAGAAAACGAGACUAUAUUCAGAUGGAGUACGAGUUGGCGUGCGAGGAGCUGACGCGCAAAAAGAAUGAGAGGGAGCAGGUGAAAAUAUCGGACCAGAACUACUCUCUGGGGGCCAUAAUGGGCAAAGACCCUAGCGACGUCAAAGAGGCCAAGAGUACCAAGCUAGAAAGCCAAAUUGACAAGCUUCAGAAGCAGGUGGAUUUCCUGAGUGACAAGUCGGAGGUGGCCAACGCCGACAUGAAGGCGGACAUGGAGCGAUGGCAUCGCAACAAGAGGAAAGACGUCAAGGAGAUGUUCACCGGUCUGGCUGCAGGACAGGUGGAAAGCUACAAACAGUGUUUGGACGCUUGGGAGGAAGUCAUCGAGGUCUUGAAAAGUGAAAAGAGGCAUUCGGACGAUGUGGGCAACUCACUCUUUCAGACCAGCGAGCCCUCGGUGCACGCAGCAGGGGGCGGGGACUCACAGCUGAAUGGGAGGGAGGAGGACGAGAAGGAGUGAUGUCAGAGGACGAGGACGAGGCCUUUUGUAAAACCAAGUAGACAUUUGUACAUUUAAAUUAAUGAUUUGGUAAAAAAUGAUGUACGGCCUUAGUUUCCAGUAGAUGUGUAUUGUCUCUGCUAAGUAUGCCUGUCACGUGAUAUGUAUGAAGGGUUUUCAAAAACAUUGCUUUUGUUUGCCUUUUCUUUCUUUUUUUAGCUGGUCUCAGGGGCCAGGCUAUAUAAGGGGUUUUCGAAACCUUUGCUUCGGCUUCGGCUUCAGC